UUGAAAAUGGGCUAAGGUUGGUGGCACCGCAGCGCAUACACAAUGGCUGCUGGAAAGAGAGGAAAGCAAACAAUUUUCAGGCCCGCAGCGACCAGAAAAAAUAUGAGAAAAAAAUUAUUAAAAAUUCGGAAAAUUGUUUAAAGUGAAGAAAAACAUCGGAGAAAGGAUGUUAAGGCUUCUGUGGUCCUUGAAAAUGGAUAAUAAUUCUUUAUGGUCUUCGACAAGAAUAUUUAGAACUGGAUGAGGUUUUGAAGAAAGAGCCUUGGACUUCCACCAGGUGUGGAAAUGGCACUGACUCCAAACUUUAUCGACCACAUGAAAUUAGGGAAUCUACUCCAAGCUCCAAAAUUUAGAGAAACUGGGCAUUACAGAAGUGUCCAGCAAGCAGGCCUGCCAUAGGCUGCAAUGGCCACGGUGAUAACCGAAGAUUUAGAAGAACUUAAAGAUACAGGGAAAGUCCCAGCAGCUGUGGGGAAACGAAAGAGAGGUGAAAGUAGACCAAGGAAAAAUUUCCCGUGCCAGCUGUGUGAUAAAGCCUUUAACAGUGUUGAGAAAUUAAAGUUGCAUUCAUAUUCUCACACAGGAGAAAGGCCUUAUCAGUGCUCUCAGCAAGACUGCACUAAGGCCUUUGUUUCUAAAUACAAACUGCUAAGGCAUAUGGCUACUCAUUCUCCUGAGAAAACCCACAAGUGUAAUUAUUGUGAGAAAAUGUUUCAUCGUAAGGAUCACCUAAAGAAUCACUUACAUACUCAUGAUCCAAAUAAAGAGGCUUUCAAGUGUGAAGAAUGUGGCAAGAACUACAACACCAAGCUUGGUUUUAAGCGUCAUUUAGCCUUACAUGCUGCAACCAGUGGUGACCUCACCUGUAAGGUCUGUCUUCAAACGUUUGAAAGCACAGGGGUGUUACUGGAGCAUCUGAAGACACAUGCUGGUAAGUCUUCAGGUGGGACCAAAGAAAAGAAGCAUCAGUGUGAACACUGUGAUCGCCGCUUUUAUACCCGUAAGGAUGUUCGCAGGCACAUGGUAGUACACACCGGGAGAAAAGACUUUCUUUGCCAGUAUUGUGCACAGAGAUUUGGUCGAAAGGACCAUUUAACUCGCCACAUGAAGAAAAGCCACACACAAGAACUUCUAAAAGUCAAAACGGAACCCAUGGACCUUUUGGACCCCUUCUCCUGUAACAUCUCUGUUCCAAUUAAAGAUGAAUUGCAUUCAGUAAUAUCUUCCAGUGAACUUACCCCCAAGCCGUAUGCCAAUACUUUGCAACUUAACAUCUACAAUACCCAAAUCCAGUCCAUGCAGGCUGCUGGAUCCACAAACCAAAUGGUCAGCACAACCUUGCCUUUAGGAAUGUCUUGCCCACUCGAUAUGGAGUCGGCCAUCCAUCCUUCCCACCAGUUCUCUUUAAAGUAUCAACUUGGUUCUACCUCAUAUGCCAUUUCUAUGCCUGAUAAAGAACAGCCAUUAAAGGGAGAAAUAGAAAGUUAUUUAAUGGAAUUACAAAGCAACAUGGCAUCUUCAUCACAAGAAACUCAAGGCCCUGCUUCUAAGUUAGACUUGGAUGCCCAAGUUGGGGCUUUGGAUGACGUGACUGGAGAUGUUUCAUUAACGAAAAGCUCUGCUUCUGCCAGUGAACCUCUUAGCUCCUCCUCACUAGAUUUUUCUCAGCUGUUUAACUUCCUGCCUUUAAAUGGGCCUCAGUACAAUCCACCUGUUUCAGUGGGAGGUUUGGGAAUUAGCUAUACACAGGAGGAGGUUCUUUCUUGCCUGUCACAGCUCCCACCACAGGCCCAGGAUCUACAAGAUCCUAGCAGCUCUGUGGGCAUGAAUCCACUUCAUAGUCUGCCUUCUUCUUUUACAACCAAUCUAAGCACAGCUACUACGCUGCCUCGCUUUCACCAAGCCUUUCAGUAAUCUAUGAAACCAUUAUGUCAUAGCAACUUAAGGUUUUAUCUUAUGAACUAUAUCAGUGUAUGUUAUAGGGGAAGAAAUUAAUUUGAUAGUUAACCUGAAAUUGUUUUAAACAAAGUUUGUCAUGAAUGAUUGUUUUUAAUGUAAUUUGUAACACUCGAGAAGGCCAAUUCUUAUAACCAUGAUUUAUUUACAAAGGAUUUUACCCACAUACUGAAGUAGUGAAAUGUUUUUAGAUUCAUUUAAAAUGCAUCCUUGUAUAGCACCCUUCUUGGAAGGCAAGCCCAGAACACACACAUUUAUAGUUAUAAAGGUAAAACAUAAAACUCAAUGCAAUAUAAGUAAAUUAGUGCUGUCUGAAAAAAAGUGCCCAGUUACAAUAUGGUUAAACAUAUUGUUUGUUUACUCUUUCAAUGCUGGUUAAUAUGUUCAUAUUACAACAGGCUUUUUUGUCCUCUAUAGUAUUGGCUUACUUUGAUAGUAUUCUUAGCCCAUACAUUCUUUUGUUGUUAUAUACGCUAAAGAUACUAUUGUCUUCAGGGUUUUUGCCUGUCAUCUUUAUAGUAGGUUGUUUUUUUUUUGUUUGU